CUGAACCGGCCCUGUAGUUCAAAGCAAUGAGACUCCAGAAAUCCUUAAACCCUGUCUCGUCUUAGCAUCCUCAAAUUUCUCAAACCCCAAAUCUCUCUAAUAAUGCAAGUUCCCCUCUAUGUCUAAACCGACACAAAUGUCAGCGCCAAUGAGAGCCCCAGCAUGGGUUUCAACAAGAAGGCUCUUUGAGCAAAGUCUCCAAGACCUCCACAAAUGCACCAAGUUAAACCAAAUAAAGGAAGUUCAUGCCCAAAUAAUCAAACGAGAUCUUCACAGAGACCUGUAUGUAGCUCCCAAGCUAAUAUCUGCCUUCUCUCUUUGUCACGAAAUGACUUUAGCUGUUAAUGUUUUUAACCAAAUUCAAGACCUCAAUGUUCAUUUGUAUAAUAAUUUGAUAAGAGCUUAUGUUCAGAAUUCGCAGCCUUCAUUGGCUUUUGCUGCUUUCUUUGACAUGCAAAAGAAUGGUGUUUUUGCUGAUAAUUUCACAUACACGUUUCUUUUGAAGGCCUGUAAUGGGCAGGCUUGGUUGCCUUUAGUGCAAAUGAUGCAUAGCCAUGUGGAGAAAUGUGGGUUUUUCGGAGAUUUGUUUGUGCCUAAUUCACUAAUUGAUAGUUACUCUAAGUGUGGUUUAUUGGGCGUUAAUUCUGCAAUGAAGUUAUUUGUAACGAUGGAUGAGAAAGAUAUUGUUUCCUGGAAUUCUAUGAUUGGUGGGUUGGUAAAAGCUGGGGAUUUGAGUGCAGCUCGCACGCUUUUUGACGAAAUGCCUGUGAGAGAUACUGUUAGCUGGAACACUAUAUUAGAUGGGUAUGCAAAGGCAGGAGAGAUGAAUGAAGCGUUUGAGUUGUUUAAUAAAAUGCCAGGGAGGAAUGUUGUCUCGUGGUCGUCUAUGGUUUCAGGAUAUAGGAAAGCGGGAGAUAUGGAAAUGGCUAAGUUGUUGUUUGAUAAGAUGCCAGUCAAGAAUGUAAUUCCUUGGACCAUAAUUAUAUCUGGGUUUGCUGAGAAAGGGCUUGUAAAAGAGGCAGCAAGAUUGUAUGAUCAGAUGGAAGCAACUGGACUGAGGCCUGAUGAUGGGACUCUUAUCAGCAUACUGGCUGCUUGUGCAGAGUCUGGUUCGCUUGGGUUGGGGAAAAGAGUUCAUGCUUCCAUUAAGAUGACUAGGUUUAAGUGCAGUAUUAAUGUGUCCAAUGCAUUGGUUGAUAUGUAUGCUAAGUGUGGUAGCAUAGACAUGGCACUAAGUGUGUUUAAUGGGAUGCAUAAGAGAGAUUUAGUCACUUGGAAUUGCAUGCUCCAAGGGCUUGCCAUGCAUGGGCAUGGUGAACAAGCACUUCAGCUUUUCUCUAGAAUGCAGGACGAAGGGUUUAAGCCUGAUAAAGUUACUUUGAUUGGUGUUUUGUGUGCUUGUACUCAUGCAGGUUAUGUUGAUGAGGGCCUUUGUUUCUUUAAUACCAUGGAAAGGGAUUAUGGGAUUGUUCCCCAUAUUGAGCAUUAUGGUUGCAUGAUUGAUCUUUUAGGUAGAGGGGGGCAUCUUAAAGAAGCUUUUAGGCUUGUGCAGAGCAUGCCAAUGGAGCCAAAUGCCGUUAUUUGGGGUACCCUUUUGGGGGCAUGUAGAAUGCAUAAUGCUGUGGAACUAGCAGAGGUGGUAUUAGAUCGCCUGGUUACACAUGAACCAUCAGAACCUGGUAAUUUCUCUAUGUUGUCAAAUAUUUUUGCUGCUGCAGGUGACUGGAAUAGUGUUGCCAAUAUGAGGUUGCAGAUGAAGGGUACUGGAGUCCAAAAACCAUCAGGUGCUAGUUCCAUCGAGCUGGAUAAUGAGGUUCAUGAAUUCACUGUAUUUGACAAAUCACACCCCAAAUCAGAUACGAUUUAUCAAAUGAUUGACAAAUUGGGUCAUGACCUGAAGAAAGUUGGCUACGUCCAACAGAUAGAUCCAUAGAAAUUGGAAUUUAUGCUCAGGUAGUCAAGCGGAUAAGUUACCAUUGCUGUUACAAAGUUUUUCUUGCUUGAAGUUGUAGGAGGGAAAUUUGAAUGACAGUGUCUAAAAGCGGCUGUUCAUCUGUAUAGGCUUCAGUUGACAAUACUUAGGACAGAAAAUGAUGGUGCGGUUUAUUGUGUACACAUCUGCAUUUGAGCGGAUAAAUGUUAAUAGAAUUUAUUAUACAUAACAAAUUCUUUCCCUGGUCAAGGUGCAUCCAGAGACUCAGAUUUCAAGUAAUAGUUCUUAGCUGCUUGCCUGGAAUGGAUUGAUCAUCCAUAAAUCCAGCAUCUACAAGGCACUGCUACCCUUCAAAAUCCUUGGCCAACUAUGUUCACAACGGCCAAAAGUCAAUGGAGGAUAAAAAUGUCAAUCAUUCCGGAUAUCUAGCCCCAUGCUGGAGUUAAAGGAAAAAAAGAACUGUAUGAUGCUCGCCCUUACUUAUGUCAAUCAGGGAAUGAGAUCACUAGUGAUAAAUGCUGUGGGGACAUUCCUGGGUAGCUCAUUGUUCUUUGGUGGGCCGUUGGGGGAUGGAUUACUUUGAAUAAGCACCAAGGCAGGUUGUGACAGGGUGGCCAAGAAUGAAAUUUUCAAUAAAAACAUGGAGAGGCAGAACGCUGUCCAAGGAGAAUGAUGAAGUGUUGCCAUGUUUUUCCCUCUGAUGUAAUUUAUGUUCAUGCGAAGAAAUUGAUGCUGGCUUCUGUACUAGAUGAUGUAAAUAUGGGGUGUCCAGUUUCUGAAAUCUUCAGGAGUUUCUGCUAGAUGAGUCAUUUGAUUCCUAGGCCUACUCUGGAUUUUUGUAAUUCAGAUUUUUCUUUUAAUGAUGGCCUUCAUUGAUCAAA